GAACUUUCGAAGGCUGACAUCAGACGGCUGUUGAAGCAGGCCGAUCUCAAUAGAGAUAAAGUCCUGAGUUAUGAAGAAUUCAUGCGUGUCGUCAGCAAAGAACUGACAAAUUUUCAGCGACUGUUAAGGACUGCUGUUAGUUCUGUGGUGCCGAGCAAGCAACUUCCGACCGGGGAAACGUACGUGGAUCAUUACUUCCAGUACUACAGCUGCUGUCCACCACCCCUCUUUAUGAUCACUGUCUCUAUUAUUGAGCUGGUGAUCUUCAUAGUGUAUGCAAAGAUUCAGAAGACGGAGACGUCGUGGACGACGGGCGCGCCCCUCUACAGCCCCCUCACGUACAACCCUUUUAGAAGGUACGAGGCCUGGAGAUUCAUCUCCUACAUGUUCAUCCAUGACGGCAUCAUGCACAUCCUCUCUAACUUGAUCUUCCAGCUGAUUAUUGGACUUCCCCUCGAACUCUUUCACAAAUUCUGGCGGGUUGGUAUUGUCUACGUGCUCGGAGUUAUUGCUGGUUCGUUGGCCACAUCAAUAUUUGACAACAAGACUUACCUGGUGGGAGCUAGUGGAGGAUGUUAUGCGCUCAUCGGCGCUCAUUUCGCUACUAUUAUCAUGAAUUGGAAAAACAUGACGCACGACUGGAUGUCUGGCCCUUUAAAAUUUAUUUUCACUUCGGUGGACAUCGGUGUGGCCAUCUGGUCCCGUUACAACAAUCCAAACAGAGUGGCCUAUGCCGCACACUUUGCCGGAUUGGCCGCAGGCGUCCUGAUCGGAGUGCCCGUCUUGAGGAACAUUGAGGUACUGCGCUGGGAGAAAAUUUUGUUCUGGGUCUGCCUGGCUCUCUACCUCUUGCUCGUCCUCUUUUCUAUCUGCUGGAAUGGCUUCUACCCUGAUUUCCCGCCCACUGAUUGGCGGCCCUGCUGUCCAGGGGCGUAGCCGGCAAGAAUUAUUUAGGUCACUGACAUAGUUAAAGAAAUAGGUCAUCGACCUGGUUUCAAUAUAUAAUAGGUCACCGGUCAGAUUUAAUUAGGUAGGUUAUCGAUCUGGUUGUAAUAAAUUGUGUCACUGAUCCGGUUUAAUUAAUUAAGUAAGAGCAUCGGCCUGGUUUCAUUAAACGGUCUAGUUUAAUUAAAUAGGUUGUUGCUCUGGUUUAAAUAUAUAUAUAUAUAUAUAUAUAUAUAUAUAUAUAUGGCAUCGUAGCUAAAACGAUUCAGAGUUUUUUUUUAUUUAAUAAUUUCCACAUUUUUCAGUGUUUUCGUUUUAAAUCCAGUUUUUUCAUUUAAUUUAUAUAUAUUAUAGCUAUUAACAUUUUUUAAUACUUGAUGAUUCGUUAUAAUUCUGUCUUUUGAUCUAUGCCUUUGGUGUAUUGCUGAUUACACACACGCACGCCCACACACACAUACACACACACAUAUAUAUAUAUAUAUAUAAUUUUAAAAAUUAAUUAUUUUCAUAUUUUUAAAUCAUGGACUUUGUAACGUUAUGCAAACUUUAAAAUUAUACGUAAACUAUCUUGCACAAUUUGCUAUGAACAAAAUUAUUCAUCUCUAUGUAUGUGUGUGUAUGUAUGUAUGUGUGUGUGUUUGUGUCUAUAUUGGUAUAUACGUAUGUAUUUAUGUCUAAUUGUGCAUUCGUGCCAUCUUUCAAUCAAUCAGGGCAAGUUUCCACCAUCAUAUACAAAACAAUCUCAUCAUGAAUUUAAUAAUUUCAUUAAUUAAUUGACUGACUGAUUGAUUUUCAUUAAGAGUAAGAGUUAUUUUUUGUCUAUGUGGAGUUUUUUUUACUGUUUUAAUUAUUAUUAAUUUAAUCAUCUUUUUCUUCUAAAUUGAAUUAUUCAAUUUUUGUUGUUGAAUAAUGGUCAGUUAACUUGCCAAUUAUAUUUAAUAUAGUUUAUAUAUAUAUGUAUAUAUAUAUAUAUAGAGAGAGAGAGAGAGAGAGAGAGGGGGGGGGGGGGAGAAUAAUCUAAUUAUUAACAUUAUUAAUUUUGUAUUAAUUAAUUAAUUAAUGCCAGGACCAGGCGUCUUAGCCACUACAACAUCCAUCUCAUUUUAAAAUUAACAGUUUAUUAAAAUAUUACAUCCGUU